AUGCGCAAUCUAUUUGCGUGUGAACGUAUUGACUCUUAUCGCGAAAUAUCUCAAGCAAAUUCAAAAAAAAAAAAUCCAGAUGCAAAAGCACCUUUGCUUCGUGAGAACGCAAGAUUUAUAAACACAAGACAACAUGCCGAAUAUUCUGAUGACGUUGAGACGCUCUGGGACAACUUCAAGACACUCAUUAAUCAAAGAGUAAAGAAGGAUAAUCAAUCUCUUACUCAAACUUAUAAAGUAUUGGAAAAAAUAAGGAAAUGGGGUGAUGAAGAGGGCGGAAAUAUUAAUUUAAGAAAACAAGAACAGUAG